AUGGAUAUGGACUUAGUCGGCGAGAAGAGGUUGUUACAGCUCAACGAGCUUGAUGAGUUUCGAUUGCACGUGUACGAAAUUGCCAAAGUGUAUAAAGAAAAGACCAAUAUGUGGCAUGAUAAGCACAUCAAACAUCGCGAGUUUGAGCCACGUCAAGAAGUUCUCUUGUUUAAUUCGAGGUUGAAGCUUUUCCCCGAAAAUUUUAAGUCUCGAUGGGCGGGUCCUUUCAAAGUGGUUAGUGUGAAGCCUCAUGGAGCGGUGGAAUUGCGUGAUACAAGUUCAAGUGGUACAUUCUUGGUAAAUGGGCAGAGAGUAAAACAGAAUUGGGGUGGUAACAUUGCACGUCACAAGACCUCUAUGGACUUGGCCGAUGCUUGA